UCUACGAUUGUAACCUACGAAUCUAAAAAAGUUAAAUACUGGAAUUUAUAGAAAAUAUCCUUUUGUUGAAAGACUUUGAGAAAAGAGCCUGAAAAUGUCGAUUACAGCGGGUCAAACUACUAUUGCUGCACCUACUGUCGAGCAAAUACAAAAAGACAGAGUAACACAGCUUGCAGAGAAAUAUUGGGCACCACAUACCGUUAGCGAACACUUGGCAUUUGAUCCAAAUGUUAUUGAAGAUAUUUACAUGCAGGACAUACGGGGCAGCAACUUUUCUGUUCGCAGAAUAAUGGUGCUGGAAUUUAGUCAGUAUUUGGAGAAUUUCUUAUGGCCGAAUUAUACACCAGAUGCUUCUAUAGCUCAUAUUCUAUCAAUUGUAAUAAUGAUAAAUGAAAAGUUUCGAGAGAGAGUACAAGUCUGGCAAGCUCUUAGGAAACAAAGUGAGCAUUUCCCUUCUUUCUUUCAACGCGUUCUCAACGCCUGCCUGGAAGAUGAGCUGCUUAUUAAUAUUAGGGAGCAAACUGCUUUAAUUAUCUUUCUAAACCACUGUUUCAAUAGUAUGGAAGAGACAAUAUGUAGGGAUCAAGUUAAAAGAUUAGUUUCUUUGUCAAUGUGGAUAUCCCUUCAACCAAAUCGAAGGGAAUUUGAAUUCAAGAAAAACCCAAAAUGGAAGAAAUAUUGGAGAGCUAUCCAAAGGAAAGACAAACCAGAGCAGCUUGAGAAAUUGACAUGGGAAAGGACUUUUUUGCACAAACUUAUGCUUAAAUUUAUGAGUAUUUUGGACACUAUUAGCGAAACUGGCGUUUGUCCUUUGGAUAAGGUACACUAUUGUGAAAGAUUUUUGGAGUUUUUGAUCGAUUUGGAGGCCUUGCUGCCAACUAGAAGAUUUUUUAAUAUUGUUCUUGACGACUGCCACUUGGUAGUGAGAUGUAAGCUUUCUGGCUUGAUUAAGAGAGAUGAAGGACAUUUAUUUAGUCAGCUCCUGGAUAUGUUGAAAUUCUACACCAGAUUCGAAAUAAGCGACGAAACCGGUGACCCUCUAACCGAUCACGACAUGACCGAGAUCCACUAUUCGAACAUCGUGUCCCUUCAGAAAGCAGCGUUUACCAAAUUUCCGGAUCUAAGAAGCUUCGCGUUGGCCAAUGUUGCCAGCGUGGAUACCAGAAAGGCUUUAACUAAACAUUUUGGGCCGCUAACACAGGAAAAGUUGAGAGCCAUCGCAACAUAUUUGAGCCUCGUGCCACCUGUCGGCGACGAAGAGAAAUACGAUUGGAUCCGAUUGGACGAAGACUUCCUGCGUGAAUUGCUGAUUUCCAGACACGAGAAACGCGUCUCUCAGCUGGAAGCGCUCAACGAAAUGCCUUUGUACCCCACCGAGGCCAUCAUCUGGGACGAGAACAUCGUGCCCACCGCUUACUUCUCUGGCGAUGGGUGUUUGGCACUACCUAAACUAAACUUGCAAUUUUUAACACUGCACGAUUACCUGUUGCGGAAUUUUAAUUUGUUUAGGCUCGAAUCCACAUAUGAGAUCCGGCAAGAUAUUGAAGAUGCGGUAAGCCGGCUUUGUCCUUGGAAAGCGGAAGACGGCAGCGUGUACUGGGGUGGAUGGGCCAGAAUGGCCCAACCGAUUGAGCAUUUUGCCGUGGUGGAAGUAGCGAAGCCCCACAUAGGCGAAAAGAAGCCCAGCAGAGUGCGCGCUGACGUCACUGUGAACCUCUCCGUUAGGCCAGAAGUGAAGGCGGAAUGGGAAAACUUGAGAAAACACGACGUGUGUUUCCUUAUCACCGUGAGGCCUCCUAACCCUAUCGGCACGAAAUACAAUUUCAAAGAACCCUUCAUCCCCCAAGUGGGUUUGCGCUCUAUACGGGGGUGCGAAAUUGAAGGCAUGUUGGACAGUAACGGUAGGGUUAUUGAAGACGGACCCGAUCCUAAGCCUAUUCUGCCUGGGGAUAGACGCACCUUCAGGGUAUGGUUGGACUGUAAUCAGUAUCGGGAAGAUAUGAUCGAUACUCAAAAAGGCAAGGACGACGUGUACGAGGGCUUUAAUAUUAUCAUGAGAAGAAAACCGAAAGAGAACAAUUUUAAGGCAGUGUUGGAAACAAUAAGGGAAUUAAUGAAUACGGAAUGCGUGGUCCCAGAGUGGUUGCACGACAUAAUAUUAGGUUACGGCGACCCCAGCGCCGCCCAUUACGAGAAAAUGCCUAACCAAAUCAGCACUUUGGACUACAACGAUACGUUUAUCGACGUCGAUCAUUUGAGGUCUUGUUUUCCAGAAUACCAAAUCAAAUUCAAAACCGAUGAUCCCAACAAACUCGUGCGUCCUUUCAAAUUAACGUUCGAAAAUUUGGCCAAGGACAACGAGGAGCACAAGGACAAAGUGAUCGUCGUGGAGCCACACGUCGUGCCCAAGAGGGGACCGUAUUUAUUCAACGAGCCGAAAAAAAAUGCGAUUCCUUUUACCUCCACUCAAGUGGAAGCUAUCAAAUCUGGUAUGCAACCGGGACUGACGCUAGUGGUGGGACCUCCGGGUACCGGUAAAACAGAUGUCGCGGUGCAAAUCAUAUCGAAUCUCUACCAUAAUUUCCCCAAUCAACGUACCCUCAUAGUCACGCAUUCCAAUCAGGCAUUGAAUCAACUGUUCGACAAGAUAGUCGCCCUCGAUAUCGACGAGAGGCACUUGUUACGUUUAGGUCACGGGGAGGAAGCCUUGGAAACCGAAAAGGAUUUUAGCAGAUAUGGUAGGGUAAAUUAUGUCCUGGCUAAGCGGUUGGAUUUGCUCGUCGAAGUGCAAAAGCUUCAGGAAUCUCUCAACGUCGAAGGCGAUCAGGCGUACACUUGCGAGACAGCUGGGUAUUUUUACUUGUACCAAAUCUUGUCUCGAUGGGAGCACUUCUUAAGCAUCGUAAAGCCCAAAAGCGGAAAGCCCGUGCCUGUUAAAACGGUUUCAGACGAGUUUCCUUUCCAUAAGUUUUUUUGCAACGCACCCCAGCCUCUAUUUAAAGGGCAUUCGUUCGAAGUGGACAUGGAAGUGGCCGAGAGCUGCUUCAGUUACAUAGACCACAUCUUUAAAGAGUUAGAGGAGUUCAGGGCGUUUGAACUACUGAGGUCGGGCCUCGAUCGUUCGAAGUAUCUGCUGGUGAAGGAAGCGAAAAUAAUCGCGAUGACUUGUACCCAUGCCGCGUUAAAAAGGAAAGAAUUGGUGGAAAUAGGUUUCAAGUAUGACAACAUACUGAUGGAGGAGUCUGCUCAAAUUUUGGAAAUCGAAACUUUUAUCCCAUUGCUGCUGCAAAAUCCGCAGGACGGUUACAACCGGUUAAAGCGCUGGAUUAUGAUCGGCGACCAUCAUCAGCUGCCGCCCGUCAUUAAAAAUAUGGCGUUCCAGAAGUACUCCAACAUGGAACAGAGCCUGUUCACACGGCUGGUCAGGCUGGGAGUGCCGACGGUCGAUCUGGACGGUCAGGGGCGUGCCAGGCCAAGUAUAUGCAGCCUUUACAAAUGGCGCUACAAGCAUCUGGGUAAUCUGAAACACGUCGAGCGAUGGUCCGAAUAUCAACGCGCAAACGCAGGGUUCGAAUUCGAUUUCCAACUGGUAGACGUCCAGGACUUUAACGGAGUUGGCGAAUCCGAACCGAAUCCCUAUUUUUACCAGAAUUUGGCUGAAGCUGAAUACUGCGUCGCCGUUUUUAUGUUUAUGCGCCUGAUUGGCUAUCCAGCGAGCAAAAUUACGAUCUUGACGACGUAUAACGGACAGAAGCACUUGAUUCGUGACGUCAUUAACGCCAGAUGUGCCAACAAUCCUCUUAUAGGAAGGCCGCACAAGGUGACAACGGUGGACAAAUAUCAAGGUCAGCAAAACGACUAUAUACUUUUAUCCCUGGUCAAAACCAAAGCGGUCGGUCACUUGCGUGACGUCAGGCGUCUGGUGGUCGCCAUGUCUCGCGCCAGACUCGGACUAUACAUUUUCGCGAGAGUUUCCCUCUUCGAAAACUGCUUUGAAUUGACCCCCGCUUUCGAAAAGUUGACAAAGAGACCGACCAAACUGCAUCUGGUUUUGAACGAGUUUUAUCCAACUCAGAGGCAAAACGACCAAAACAACAACGCAACGCCCAUGGUGGUCGAAGACAUGACCCACAUGGCUAAUUUCGUUUACCAGUAUUACAUGGAGAGAGUGAAACAGUUAAAAACGCAUUUCGAGCAAACACAGAAACAGUGGGAGAAACCUGGCAACGUCGAACCGAAGACGCACGAAGGUUUGAUUUCGGCGCAUCCUGGUGAAGAUCGUGACACGGAUAGUGAAGAUGAGGCUGAGGAUACGCGAAACCAAAUGCGGGUGCCCAUAAUCGACGAACCAAUCGAAGAUGCAGUGGUUGAAGAAACAGAAAUGGCACCUGAAGAAGAAGAGGACAAGAAUGAGGAGAUGGAAUUAACGACAGAUACUGGAGAAGCAGUUAAUGAUCAAUAGAAUGUGGAUUUUUUAAAUAAACUAAAUGA